AUGUCCGCUGACCACCCCAAGCCCGAGGAGCUCGGCGAGGAAGAUCUCGUUGACUACGAAGAGGAGGACGAGGCGCCCACCGAAAAACCCACCGAGAACGGCAAGGACACCACAAAGAAAGGUACAUACGUCGGUAUCCACUCUGCCGGCUUCAAAGACUUUCUGCUCAAGCCCGAACUGCUCCGCGCGAUUCAAGACUGCGGUUUCGAGCAUCCGUCCGAAGUUCAACAUGAAUGCAUCCCCCAGGCCAUCCUCGGAAUGGAUGUCCUGUGCCAAGCCAAGUCUGGAAUGGGAAAAACCGCCGUCUUUACCCUUGCUGUUUUGCAGCAGAUCGAGCCCAUCGACGGUGACGUCAGUUGCGUCAUUCUAGGUCACACUAGGGAGCUGGCCUAUCAGAUCGCUCACGAGUUCGAGCGUUUUGCAAAGUAUCUCCCAAACAUUCGCUCCGCCGUCAUCUAUGGUGGAGUCCCCGUCCGCCAGCACAAAGACCUUCUCUCAAGCAACCCGCCCCAUAUUAUAGUCGGAACCCCCGGUCGUAUCAAAGAUCUAAUCAACCAGAAGAUUCUCAAUAUUAGCAAGGUCAAGUUCUUUGUCCUUGAUGAGUGUGACAAAGUCCUCGAGGAGCUCGACAUGCGUCGCGAUGUCCAGCAAAUUUUCAAGGAGACGCCCCACGAGAAGCAAGUUAUGAUGUUUACGGCUACGCUGUCCAAGGAAAUGCGCGUAGUUUCCAAAAAGUUCAUGCAGAGCCCGAUGGAAGUCUUUGUUGAUGAUGAGACCAAGCUCACCCUUCAUGGUCUCCUUCAAUACUUUGUCAAGCUCCAGGAGAAUGGGAAGAACCGCAAAAUGACUGAUAUUUUGGAUGCUCUCGAAUUCAACCAGGUCGUCAUUUUCGUCAAGAGUGUCCCGCGUGCCAUAGAGUUGAACAAGCUGCUCAUUGAGUGCAACUUCCCGUCUAUUGAUAUUCACUCUGGCAUUCGACAGGAGGAACGGAUCAAGAGGUACAAGGCGUUCAAGGAUUUCCAGAAGCGUAUUCUGGUGGCGACCGACAUUUUCGGAAGGGGAAUCGAUAUCGAGAGGGUCAACAUUGUGAUUAAUUAUGACAUGCCAUCAAGCCCCGACAGCUACCUGCAUCGCGUGGGUCGUGCCGGUCGUUUUGGAACCAAGGGCCUUGCGAUCUCUUUUGUCAGCUCGGAGCCGGACUCAGAAGUGUUGCAGGGUGUGCAGUCGCGCUUUGAGGUUGCGAUUUCGGAGCUGCCCAACGAGGUGGAUCAGGCUUCUUAUAUGACUGCAUAA